GCCGCCCCGGAGUCGCGGGAGCUGGUCCCGGAGUCUCCGCCAGCCCCGGCGGCCCGCAAGGACGCGGAUCCCAGGAAACGUGCGGCGGGCCCCGCCCAGAGCCCGAGCCCAGAGGGCAGGUCCGCAGUCGGCCGAGCCAGGGCCGGGGCCGGGGCCGGGGCCGGGCGGUCACCUCGCCGGUCCUGGGCGAGCCCCGCGGGGUAGCCGAUGAGCUGCUGGUGCGCGCAGCCUGGGACCGCGCCUGCGGGUGAAGCCGGCUCGGUACCUGCGCUCGGGUGCGGGGCGGCGGCGGACCCGACGGACGCGGCUGCGGGUGGGAGACAGGCGAGAUCCCGGGACGAGACCCGGACCCGACCUUAGCGCUUCUGCGCGGCGCCGAGAGGGGGGCUCGGGACCGUCGCCAGGGCCACCCCCUCCCGGCCGGCGCCCCCUGCACACCCGAGGGACUGGUUUCCAGGUGCUCGCCGCUCUCCGUCCGACAGCCACCAUGCCUCUGCCCCCCGGGUCCCCGCGCCUGGACCGCCCCUGACGCCCGCGCGCGAUGGCUGCGCCACAGAACUGUGACAGGGGCCGAGUGGCCUCCACCCUCCGCUACUGCGUGUCGGUCAGCGGCACAGUGUUUCUGAUCGCCGGGACGCUCUGCUUCGCGUGGUGGAGUGAAGGGGAUAAGGGUGUUCAACCCAGCCAGCCGGCCCCACCCACUGGGUACCCCGCGCCUGAGGCCCCCAGGUCCCUGCUCAGGUCCAUCAGCUUCAUCUGCUUUGGGGCAGGCGGCUUGCUGCUGCUCCUUGGCCUGCUGUGGUCCAUCAAGGCCAGUGCCUGGGGGUCACCCAGAAGUGACCCAUAUCACCUCUCCAGAGACCUGUAUUACCUCACUGUGGAGCCGUUGGAGAAGGAGAGCUGCAGGACCCCAGAGCUGGUUGCCAUCCCCACUUAUGAGGAGGCCAUGCACUGCCCACUGGUUGAGGGCCCCCUGGCACCACCUGCGUACCCCACGGAGGAAGACCUGCCGUGCAGCGCCUCCGGGGCUGCCCUGCUUGGGGGCCAGCCCGCCUCGCCUCCGCCCAGCUACGAGAGCGUCAUCCCUGCUGCUGCUGUCAUCCCUGGAGAGACAGUACCAGCUGGUUCGGACCACAGUGGGAGGAAGGGAAAGGCCCCUCGCAGGCCCUGAGUCCAGAGACAAUGCAUGGGCUGCUUCUAGUGUCUGGCAUGGUGCCUGGCUCACAGCAGGCGCUCCACGGACACUCGCCUCUCAGUGCUGUUUUAUUCGUCUGUUGCUGUGUAACAAGAGGCUUAAAGUAAAUCCAUUUCAUUAUCUCUCCCGA